AUGGAAGAGGUCAAAAACUCGAUAUCAACCAGUCCACCCAGUGAAGAUGGCCAUGACGGUAGGAUGUCACGCAUGGGUGAUGGCAAGAUUUCGGACCACGAAGGCCAGGCAUCCCCGUCUGCAGAUUUCCCGCCCACAGCGACUGUAGUGGACAGCACAGGGACGUCAUCAUCUCUGUCACCGGCCGAUACCGAGAGUGCCUCUUCAGGCAGUCCGCCACCUCAGUCAGAGACAGUGGACGCCGCUACAGGGCCGCCAAUGCCGGCCAUCAAUGAAGGAGAGGCUCUUUCGUCAUCUGCUUCGAAUAGCCCUCACGGAGGAACCAAGAAUGCUGCGAAUGGCAUAUCCGCGACGACCCCAUCACCACUCCAACCUCUGCAGUCCAACCCGGUAAUCCCGUCGACUCAAAGCUCAUCGGCAACACUGGCACCUGGUACGACGUCACAAGGACGCAAUAUACUCUCUAAUAGAUCAUCUGCCGCGGGAGCUGCCCGGCUUGGCGUGGGCGCCGGUCUGGGAAACCCAAAGGUCGGCCUCGGUGCUGGCGUUUUGCCCGCUGCGGAGGGUGCUGGCGUAAUGGCCGGGGCGGUUGCGGCGGGGAAAGCCGAGUCUGGGCCGGGCUUUCAGAAAAUGGACCACAAGACGACUUUCAAGCACUUUCUGGCAAGUCUCAGGAUAUUUUCAUACUCGACCCUGAGUGAUCGGUUCAUUCUGACCGUGUCUGUCAUUGCCGCCAUGUGCUCGGGGGCUGCUAUGCCUUGCAUGAAUAUAGUUUUUGGACGCGUGUUUGCCUCUUUCACGGGUUACUACCACCAGAAUGGCCGUACUCUGACCAACGAGGACUUUCGCAACUUGAUUCUGGAAUGCGUUCGCUACCUGGUCUAUCUCUUUGUCGCCCGCUUCAUCUUUUGCUACGUCGCCUACCUCGGCUUCCGCAUCGUAAGCCUCCGCAUAUCGGCCACGCUCCGCCUGCAAUACAUGCGCGCCGUGCUCUCGAUGCGCGUAUCCGCGCUCGACGCCCUGCCGCCGGGCCAGACCGCCGCCGUGGUCACCAUGCUGGCCUCGACGCUGCAGCAGGGCAUCUCGGAGCGCGCCGCCGUCGCGGUGCAGGCCGCGUCGCUGGUGGUGGCCGCGCUGGCCGUCGCCUUCUCCCACAACUGGGAGCUGUCGCUCGUCACCUGCUCGGGCGUGGUGCUGAUCGCCGCCGUCUACGCCGCCACGACGCCGCUGCUCGUCCGCGCCGUCAACGCCGUGCAGGCCUGCGAGGUGCGCGCCAGCGCCGCGGCGGCCGAGGCGUUUGCGGCCGUCCGCAUGGUGGCGGCGUGCGGCGCCGAGCACAAGAUGGCGCGCCGGUACGACGGCUGGGUCGACCGCGGCGCCGCCGAGGGCAUGCGGCUGAGGCCCGUCUUGGCCCUGCAGCAAGCGCCGGUGUUUUUUGCCAUCUAUGCCACCUUUGCGCUGUGCUUUUGGUACGCGCUCAAGAUGUACAUGGAGGGGCGCAUCAACACCCCGGAGAGCAUGAUUGUCGUCCUCCUCUGCGUCAUGAUGCUCACCGGCUCCGUCUCGACCCUCACGACCCCCAUCGCCGCCGCCGCCCGCUCCGCCAACGCAGCCGCCGUCUUUUACCGCGUCAUCGAUGCCCCCCGCCCCAAGACGGGCGGCCUCUCUGGACCAGAAGCAGCCCCGCUGGCGUCCGGCGACCUCGUCCUCACAAACGUCAACUUUGCCUACCCAACGCGGCCGCUGACGAGAGUGCUCGCGAACUUGAGCGUGCGCUUCCCUGCCGGCAAGACGACGGCCAUCGUGGGCCCGUCCGGGUCCGGCAAGAGCACGGUCGUGGCGCUGCUGGAGCGCUGGUACGAGAUGGACGGCGAUCCGGUGGGCAAUAUCGGUGUGCUCUGGCUGAGGAACGGGAUCGUGGCGGCGGGAGGGAAGCCUCUCAAGGAGAUUGAUCUGUAUUGGUGGAGGAGUCAGAUCGGGCUGGUUCAGCAGGAGCCUUUUCUGUUUAACGAUUCCAUCUUCCAGAACGUUGCGUACGGGCUGGUUGGGACGGAGUGGGAGGGCGUCGGCGACGAGGAAAAGACCAAGCUCGUCGAAGAGGCGUGCAGGGAGGCCUUUGCAGAGGAGUUUAUCACUCGACUGCCCGAGGGCUACAACACCCCCGUCGGCGACGCGGGCAUCAAGCUGAGCGGCGGCCAGCGCCAGCGCCUGGCCAUCGCGCGCGCCAUCGUGCGGCGGCCCCGGAUCCUGAUCCUCGACGAGGCCACCAGCGCCAUCGACCCGGCGGGCGAGCGCGUGGUGCAGGCGGCGCUCGAGAACGCGGCGCGCGGCCGCACCACCAUCGCCAUCGCGCACCGGCUGUCGACCAUCCGCCGGGCCGACAACAUCGUCGUCGUGCGCGCCGGCGUCGCCGUCGAGCAGGGCACGCACGAGCAGCUCAUGGCCCGGGGCGACGGCGGCGUCUACUUUGGGCUCGCGACGGCGCAGCAGUUGGGGGGUGGGGCUGCCGGCGGUGGCGAUGGGUCGGUCGGUGGUGGCGUCGAGUUGGCUGACGAGUCUCCCGAGGCGGGUGGGCAGGAAAGCGCUGAUCUGCGGUUGGGAGAGGAGAAGAAGGAGGUUGGCGAGCGUGUUGCUGAGACUUUGGGGCACUCGGGCAACCCAGGACUGCUAAGAAAGGUAAAGAAGACGACCGGGGCGGAGCCAAAGAAAAAAAGAGGGCUGCUUGGGAGCUUUGGAAUGCUGUUACGGGAGCAGAUGGGUCAUUGGCCAUGGUACCUCGUCAUGGCGCUUGGGGCCUUGGGAGGAGGAGCGAGCCCUGCACUCCAAGCCUGGCUCUUUGCGAACCUGGUCACCCUCUUUCAGCUCUGGGGUGAUUUUGCCAAACUACGAGCCGCAGCGAAUUUCUGGUGCCUCAUGUUUGUCAUGCUGGCAACCGGCGUGGGCAUCAGCUACUUUGCCCUGGCAUGGUCGGCAACCAGGCUGUCCUUUUACAUCAUCCCCCACUACCGCAAAGAGUACAUGCGCAACAUGCUCCUCAAGCCAAUCUCCUUCUUUGACGACGACGCCAACUCGACCGGCGCGCUCGCCGCCCGCCUGGCCACGGACCCGGCCCAGCUCCAGCAGCUGCUGGGCAUGAACAUGGGCUUCGUCGCGGUCUCCGUCCUCUCCGUCGUCGGCUGCCUGGCCAUCUCCUUCUACUUUGGCUGGAAGCUGACGGCGGUCACGGUGGUCACCACCCUGCCCCUGAUCCUCGGCGCGGCCUUUUUUCGCGUGCGCUACGAGAAGCGCCUCGAGGCGAUGGGCGCGGCCGUGUUUGCCGAGAGCGCCAAGUUUGCCACGGAGGGCGUCGGCGCCUUCCGGACCGUCUCGUCGUUGACGCUGGAAAGCGCCAUCUGUCAGAGGUACAGGCUGCUGCUGGAGAAGCACGUCAGGGAGGCGCUGCCGAGGAGUGCGGCUUCGACCGUGUUGUUUGCGCUGAGCGAUAGCAUCGCGCUGCUGUGCAUGGCUUUUGUGCUGUGGUAUGGCGGCAAGUUGAUGGCGGACCACGAGUAUCUGCCAUUUCAGUAUGUUGUGGUAUACAUUGCUGUUUUGCAGGGUGGAAUGGGUGCUGGGCAAUGGCUCAGUUAUGCACCGAACAUCGCUCAAGCGACAGUAGCAGCAAAUCGAAUCGUCGACUUGAGAAGCACCAAAGACGACGACAGUCAGCUUUCGUCACUCGUCAGGGGCGAUUUGGGUCAAGGAGACAAGGGUGUCAAGCUCGAGUUCAACAACGUUUGGUUCCGGUAUCCGACAAGAGAUGCUCCGGUGCUGAAUGGUCUGGACCUCACAGUUGAAAAAGGCCAGUUUGCCGCUGUGGUCGGGCCUUCCGGGUCGGGGAAAACAACGGUCAUUUCGCUGCUGGAAAGGUUCUACAACGCAACCACAGGAAGCAUAUCGUACAACGGCGUGGAAAUAUCUCAUCUCUGCCUGCGAGACUACCGUAGAGAGAUAUCCCUCGUAGCCCAGGAGGCAUGCAUAUUCGACGGCUCCAUCAGAGAAAACAUCCUGCUGGGCGUGGAAGAAGACCAGAUGCCGGCCAAGAAGCUGGAAGAGGCCCUCAUCCAGGCGUGCUGCGACGCUGAGAUCCACGACUUUAUCACCUCGCUUCCGGAAGGCUACGAGUCCGUGGUGGGCACGAAGGGCGUGGCCCUUUCCGGUGGGCAGAGGCAGAGGCUGGCCAUCGCCAGGGCGCUGGUCAGGAAUCCGAGGCUGUUGCUGCUGGACGAGGCGACCUCCAGCUUGGACUCAGAGACGGAAAAGGCUGUCCAGGCGGUCUUUGAGAAGACCAAAGGGUCGAGGACGAUGAUUGUGGUGGCCCAUCGUCUGGCCACUGUGCAAAACGCCGAUGUCAUCUUUGUGCUUGGCGAGGGCAAAGUGGUCGAAAAGGGCAACCACGCAUCUCUUCUCAAGAAAAAGGGAGUUUACUACCAGAUGGUAGCGAUCCAAUGA